GCACGAAGGAGGGCGGGCUAGCGCUUCGUUUGGCCAUUGGCAGAGGCCGCCGCCUCGGGCUGUCAAUUCCGGCGGCCCGGUAUGGCCCCGCCCCGCCGGCGGAACGUCGCGGUACGCUGGGCCGCGGGGGCUGCCGGGAAGGGUCCAAGAUGGCCGGGCGUUUCGGUUCCUCUCCUGCCCGCGGCCCCGAACCCCAUUCAUUGCCGCGCUGCUGAGCGGCGCCGCGAGCCGGCCCGAGGACUCCGGGGGCGGUCCCCGCGGGGCGGGUGGCCGCCAUGGCGACCCUGGAAAAGCUGAUGAAGGCUUUCGAGUCCCUCAAGUCCUUCCAGCAGCAGCAGCAGCAGCAGCAGCAGCCGCCACCGCCGCCUCAGCCCCCUCAGCCGCCGCCGCCGCCGCCGCCGCCUCAGCCUCAGCCGCCGCCUCCCCCGCUGCCGCCCGGCCCGGCCGUGGCCGAGGAGCCGCUGCACCGACCAAAGAAAGAACUCUUAGCCACCAAGAAAGACCGUGUGAAUCAUUGUCUGACAAUAUGUGAAAACAUAGUGGCUCAGUCUCUCAGAAAUUCUCCAGAAUUUCAGAAGCUUCUGGGCAUUGCUGUGGAACUUUUUCUGCUGUGCAGUGAUGACGCGGAGUCAGAUGUCAGGAUGGUGGCUGACGAAUGCCUCAACAAAGUCAUAAAAGCUUUGAUGGACUCGAAUCUUCCAAGGUUACAGUUAGAGCUCUAUAAGGAAAUUAAAAAGAAUGGUGCUGCUCGGAGCCUGCGUGCCGCCCUGUGGAGGUUCGCUGAGCUGGCUCACCUGGUCCGGCCUCAGAAGUGCAGGCCUUACCUGGUAAACCUUUUGCCUUGCCUGACUCGAACAAGCAAGAGACCCGAGGAAUCUGUUCAGGAGACCGUGGCUGCAGCCAUACCCAAAAUUAUGGCUGCUUUUGGCAACUUUGCAAACGACAAUGAAAUUAAGGUUCUGCUAAAGGCUUUCAUAGCGAACCUGAAGUCAAGCUCCCCGACCAUUCGGCGGACGGCGGCGGGCUCCGCGGUCAGCGUGUGCCAGCACUCCAGGAGGACGCAGUACUUUUACAGCUGGCUCCUAAACGUGCUCAUAGGUCUGCUGGUUCCUGUUGAGGAUGAGCACCCCACCCUCCUGGUUCUUGGGGUGCUGCUCACUCUGAGGUACUUGGUGCCCUUGCUGCAGCAGCAAGUCAAGGACACGAGCCUGAAAGGCAGCUUCGGGGUGACUCGGAAAGAAAUGGAAGUCUCUCCCUCGACAGAACAGCUGGUCCAGGUGUACGAGUUGACCUUGCAUUACACGCAGCACCAGGACCACAAUGUGGUGACUGGCGCCUUGGAGCUCCUGCAGCAGCUCUUCAGGACCCCUCCCCCGGACCUCCUGCAGGCCCUGACCACAGCCGGCGGCCUCGCACAGCUGCCUACCACCCGUGAGCGGCCAGGUUGCCGGAGCCGCAGCGGCAGUAUUGUGGAACUUAUAGCUGGAGGGGGUUCUUCAUGCAGCCCUGUCCUUUCAAGAAAACAAAAAGGGAAAGUGCUCUUCGGAGAAGCAGCGGCCUUGGAGGACGACUCCGAGUCCAGGUCGGAGGCCGGCAGCCCAGCCUUUGCAGCCUCAGCCAAGGGUGAGAUCAGCGGUGAGCUGGCUACUUCUUCUGGGCUCUCCACUCCUGGCUCUGCCAGCUCAGCUGCCGACUCCACGAGUCACGACAUCAUCACUGAGCAGCCCCGGUCCCAGCACACGCUGCAGCCAGACUCGGUGGAUCUGGCUGGCUGUGACCUGAUGAGCACGGCCACUGACGGGGACGAGGAGGACAUCUUGAGCCACAGCUCCAGCCAGAUCAGCGCUGUCCCCUCCGACCCUGCCAUGGACCUGAAUGAUGGGACCCAGGCUUCCUCACCCAUCAGUGACAGCUCCCAGACCACCACCGAAGGGCCGGAUUCAGCCGUGACCCCUUCGGAUAGUUCUGAGAUUGUGUUAGAUGGUGCUGACAGCCAGUACUCAGGGAUGCAGCUGUCGCCGCAGGACGAGGACGAGGACCCCACAGGUGUUCUUCCUGAUGAAGACGCAGACGCUUUUGGAAGCUCUUCAGUCGCCCUUCAACAAGCACAUUUAUUGAGCAGCAUGGGCCACAGCAGGCAGCCCUCUGACAGCAGCAUAGAUAGGUUUGUGUCGAGAGAGGAAGCAGCUGAACCAGGAGACCAAGAAAACAAGCCUUGCAGGAUCAAAGGUGACAUAGGACAGCCUACCGACGAGGAUUCUGCUCCCCUUGUCCAUUGCGUCCGCCUUUUGUCUGCUUCAUUUUUGCUAACUGGGGAAAGAAAUGCGCUGGUUCCCGACAGGGACGUGAGGGUCAGCGUGAAGGCGCUGGCUCUCAGCUGUGUGGGAGCUGCUGUGGCCCUUCACCCCGAAUCUUUCUUCAGCAAACUUUACAGAACACCCCUCGAAACCAUGGAACACUCUGAGGAGCAGUAUGUCUCAGGCGUCCUGAACUACAUUGAUCACGGAGACCCGCAGGUCCGAGGAGCCACAGCCAUUCUCUGCGGGACCCUCAUCUCCUCCAUCCUCAGCCGGUCCCGCUUCCACGUGGGCGACUGGAUGGGCACCGUUAGAACUCUGACAGGAAACACAUUUUCUCUGGCGGACUGCAUUCCUUUGCUGCAGAAAACCUUGAAGGACGAAUCUUCUGUAACUUGCAAGUUGGCUUGUACAGCUGUACGGCACUGCGUCAUGAGCCUCUGCAGUAGCAGCUACAGUGAGUUGGGGCUGCAGCUGAUCACAGACUUGCUGGGCCUGAGGAACAGCUCCUACUGGCUGGUGAGGACGGAGCUGCUGGAGACACUGGCCGAGAUCGACUUCAGGCUGGUGAGCUUCCUGGAGGCGAAAGCAGAACACCUUCACAGAGGCGCCCACCACUACACAGGGCUUUUAAAACUGCAAGAACGGGUGCUCAGUGAUAUUGUCAUCCAUCUGCUUGGGGACGAAGACCCCAGGGUGCGACAUGUCGCUGCCGCUUCACUGAUGAGGCUCGUCCCGAAGCUGUUUUAUAAGUGUGACCAAGGACAAGCUGAUCCAGUAGUGGCCGUGGCAAGAGAGCAAAGCAGUGUUUACCUGAAACUUCUCAUGCACGAGACGCAGCCUGCUUCUCACUUCUCCGUCAGCACGAUCACCAGAAUAUAUAGAGGCUAUAACUUGCUACCGAGCAUAACGGAUGUCACCAUGGAAAAUAACCUCUCGAGAGUCAUUGCUGCGGUUUCUCACGAACUAACCACAGCGACCACUCGAGCGCUUACAUUUGGAUGCUGCGAAGCUUUGUGUCUUCUGUCCACAGCCUUUCCGGUCUGCGUUUGGAGCUUAGGCUGGCACUGUGGAGUGCCCCCGCUGAGCGCCUCCGACGAGUCGAGGAAGAGCUGCACUGUCGGCAUGGCCUCGAUGGUCCUCACCCUGCUCUCGUCGGCGUGGUUCCCAUUGGACCUCUCAGCCCAUCAGGACGCCUUGAUCUUAGCCGGCAACUUGCUUGCAGCCAGUGCCCCCAAGUCACUGAGAAGUUCAUGGAGCUCUGAAGAAGAGGCCAACCCAACAGCCACCAAGCAGGAUGAGGUCUGGCCAGCUCUGGGUGACCGGAGCCUGGUGCCCAUGGUGGAGCAGCUCUUCUGCCACCUGCUGAAGGUCAUUAACAUCUGUGCACACGUUUUGGAUGAUGUGGCCCCUGGACCAGCGGCGAAGGCAGCCCUGCCGUCUCUAGCGAACCCCCCGUCCCUAAGUCCCAUCCGACGGAAGGGUAAGGACAAGGAGCCAGGAGAGCAGGCGUCCGUGCCGCUGAGCCCCAAGAAGGGCAGCGAGGCCAGUCCAGCCUCUCGACAGUCCGACACCUCAGGGCCAGUUACAGCGAAUAAAUCAUCCUCGCUUGGGAGUUUCUACCAUCUUCCUUCAUACCUCAAAUUGCACGAUGUUCUGAAAGCUACUCACGCUAAUUACAAGGUCACCUUGGAUCUUCAGAACAGCACUGAGAAGUUCGGGGGCUUCCUGCGCUCUGCCUUGGACGUUCUCUCUCAGAUCCUGGAGCUGGCUACUCUGCAGGACAUCGGCAAGUGUGUCGAAGAGAUCCUGGGAUACCUGAAGUCCUGCUUCAAUCGGGAACCGAUGAUGGCGACUGUCUGUGUUCAGCAGUUGUUGAAGACUCUCUUUGGGACAAACUUGGCCUCCCAGUUUGAUGGCUUAUCUUCCAACCCCAGCAAGUCUCAAGGCCAAGCGCAGCGCCUGGGCUCGUCCAGUGUGCGGCCGGGCCUGUACCACUACUGCUUCAUGGCCCCCUACACCCACUUCACCCAGGCCCUAGCGGACGCCAGCCUGAGGAACAUGGUGCAGGCCGAGCAGGACCACGACACGUCGGGGUGGUUUGAUGUCCUCCAGAAAGUGUCCACCCAGCUGAAGACAAACCUCACAAGCGUCACCAAGAACCGUGCAGAUAAGAGCGCCAUCCACAAUCACAUUCGCCUGUUUGAGCCCCUGGUCAUAAAAGCACUAAAGCAGUACACGACAACAACGUCCGUGCGGCUGCAGAAGCAGGUCUUGGAUUUGCUGGCGCAGCUGGUCCAAUUACGGGUUAAUUACUGUCUCCUAGACUCAGACCAGGUCUUCAUUGGGUUCGUGCUGAAGCAGUUUGAGUACAUUGAAGUCGGCCAGUUCAGGGAAUCAGAGGCAAUUAUUCCAAACAUCUUUUUCUUCCUGGUAUUACUGUCUUACGAGCGCUAUCAUUCAAAACAGAUCAUUGGGAUUCCUAAAAUCAUUCAGCUCUGUGAUGGCAUCAUGGCCAGUGGGAGAAAGGCUGUGACACAUGCCAUCCCAGCUCUGCAGCCCAUAGUCCACGACCUCUUCGUACUGAGAGGAACCAAUAAAGCGGAUGCAGGAAGAGAGCUUGAGACUCAGAAAGAGGUGGUGGUGUCAAUGUUACUGAGGCUCAUCCAGUACCAUCAGGUGCUGGAGAUGUUCAUCCUGGUCCUACAGCAGUGCCACAAGGAGAAUGAGGACAAGUGGAGGCGGCUGUCACGGCAGGUGGCCGACGUCAUCCUCCCGAUGCUGGCCAAGCAGCAGAUGCACAUUGAUUCUCACGAAGCCCUCGGCGUGUUAAACACUCUUUUUGAGAUUCUGGCCCCCUCCUCCCUUCGGCCUGUGGACAUGCUGUUACGGAGUAUGUUUGUCACCCCGGAUACAAUGGCAUCUGUGAGCACUGUUCAACUGUGGGUCUCAGGCAUCCUGGCCAUUUUGAGGGUUCUGAUUUCUCAGUCAACGGAAGACAUCGUUCUUUCUCGGAUCCAGGAGCUUGCCUUCUCUCCGCAUUUAAUCUCCUGUCCGAUAAUUAACAGGUUAAGAGAUGGGGACAGCACUUCAACCCCGGAGGAACACAGUGAAGGGAAACACGUCAAGAAUUUGCCAGAAGAAACAUUUUCAAGGUUUCUCCUACAACUGGUCGGCAUCCUUUUAGAGGACAUUGUUACAAAGCAGCUGAAAGUAGAAAUGAGCGACCAGCAGCACACUUUCUACUGCCAAGAACUGGGAACGCUGCUGAUGUGUCUGAUCCACAUCUUCAAGUCGGGAAUGUUCCGGAGAAUCACAGCAGCUGCCUCUAGACUCUUCACCGCCGACGGCGCCGACGGCAGUUUCUACAGCCUGGAGAGCUUGAACGCGCGUGUGCGCUCCAUGAUCCCCACACACCCUGCGCUCGUGCUGCUCUGGUGUCAGAUCCUGCUGCUCGUCAGCCACACCGACUACCGCUGGUGGGCCGAGGUGCAGCAGACCCCCAAAAGACGCAGCCUGUCCUGCACGAAGUCACUUAGUCCCCAGAUGUCUGCAGAGGAGCAUUCCGAGGUGGCCCCCAGACUGGGAGUGUGCAAUCGAGAAAUCGUUCGGAGAGGCGCCCUCAUCCUCUUCUGCGAUUAUGUCUGUCAGAACCUGCACGACUCGGAGCACCUGACGUGGCUCAUCGUGAACCACAUCCAGGACCUGAUCAGCCUGUCCCGGGAGCCCCCUGUGCAGGAUUUCAUCAGUGCCGUCCACCGGAACUCCGCGGCCAGUGGCCUUUUCAUCCAGGCCAUUCAGUCUCGCUGUGAGAACCUCUCGACCCCCACUGCGCUGAAGAAGACGCUCCAGUGCCUGGAAGGGAUUCACCUCAGCCAGUCGGGUGCCGUGUUAGCGCUGUACGUGGACAAGCUGCUGUGCACUCCGUUCCGCGUGCUGGCUCGCAUGGUAGACACCCUGGCCUGUCGCCGGGUGGAAAUGCUUUUGGCUGCGAAUUUGCAGAACAGCACGGCCCAGCUGCCAGUGGAAGAACUAAACAGAAUCCAGGAAAACCUUCAGAGCAGCGGAUUAGCUCAGAGACACCAAAGGCUCUACUCCCUGCUGGACAGGCUUCGCCUCGCCACCGCACCAGGGUCACGUGGCCCCUCUCCUCUGGUCACGUCUCAUCCACUGGAUGGGGAUGGGCCCCUGGCACUGGAGACAAUGAGUCCAGACAAAGACUGGUACAUACGCCUCGUCCAGUCCCAGUGCUGCACCCGGUCAGAUUCGGCGCUGCUGGAGGGGGCAGAGCUGCUGAGUCGGGUCCCUCCAGGUGACAUGAGUGCAUUCAUGAUGAACUCGGAGUUCAAUGUGAGCCUGUUGGCCCCGUGCCUGGGCCUGGGUGUGCGCGAGAUCUCCGGAGGCCAGAAGAGUCCACUCUUCGAAGCGGCUCGCGUGGCGACUCUGGACCGUGUGAGCAGUGUGGUUCAGCAGCUCCCGGCUGUCCACCAAGUUUUCCAGCCAUUCCUGCCUGUGGACCCCACUGCCUACUGGAGCAAGUUGAAUGAUCUAUUUGGGGAUGCUGUGUUGUAUCGCUCCAUGACCACUCUGGCCCGGGCCCUGGCCCAGUACUUUCUAGUGCUCUCCCGACUGCCUGGACACCUGCGCCUUCCUCCUGAGAAGGAGACAGACACGGUGAAGUUUGUGGUCACGACCCUUGAGGCGCUGGCGUGGCAUUUGAUCCACGAGCGGGUCCCACUGAGUCUGGACCUCCAGGCGGGUCUGGACUGCUGCUGCCUGGCUCUGCAGCUGCCCGGCCUCUGGAGCGUGCUGUCCUCCCCGGAGAUGGCCACGCACACCUGCUCCCUCAUCCACUGCGUCCGCUUCAUCCUGGAGGCCAUUGUGGUGCAGCCUGGGGACCAGCUUCUCAGUCCAGAAAGACAGACGGACACCCCAAAGGUUGCCAGAGAGGACGGAGUACACUCACAUAUGCAGAGGCCUGAGUACAUCACUGCAGCCUGUGGCAUGGUGGCGGAAAUGGUGGAAGCUCUGCCCACUGUGCUGGCCUUGGGGCACAAAAGGAACAGCAGCGUGCCCGCGUUUCUCACCUCGGUGCUCAGGAACAUCGUCGUCAGCCUGGCCCGCCUGCCCCUCGUCAACAGCUACACGCGUGUUCCUCCGCUGGUCUGGAAGCUCGGAUGGUCGCCCAAGCCGGGAGGGGACUUCAGCACAGUGUUCCCCGAGAUCCCUGUGGAGUUCCUCCAGGAAAAGGAAGUCUUCAAAGAGUUCAUCUACCGCAUCAACACGCUGGGGUGGACCAGCCGUACCCAGUUUGAGGAAACAUGGGCCACCCUCCUCGGUGUCCUGGUGACUCAGCCCCUCGUCAUGGAGCAGGAGGAGAGCCCCCCGGAAGAAGACACAGAGCGGACCCAGAUCAACGUCCUGGCCGUGCAGGCCAUCACCUCCCUGGUGCUGAGCGCGAUGACCGUGCCCGUGGCCGGCAACCCAGCCGUGAGCUGCUUGGAGCAGCAGCCCCGGAACAAACCCCUGAAGGCCCUGGACACCAGGUUUGGGAGGAAGUUGAGUGUGAUCAGAGGAAUUGUAGAACAGGAAAUUCAAGCAAUGGUUUCGAAGAGAGACAAUGUCGCCACCCAUCACUUAUACCAAGCGUGGGACCCAGUCCCCUCUCUGUCUCCAGCCACUGCAGGGGCCCUCAUCAGCCAUGACGAGUUGCUGCUGCAGAUCAACCCCGAGCGGGAGCUGGGCGACAUGAGCUACAAGCUCGGCCAGGUGUCCAUCCACUCGGUGUGGCUGGGGAACAGCAUCACGCCACUGCGGGAGGAGGAGUGGGGCGAAGAGGAGGAGGAGGAGGCCGACGUCCCCGCACCGGCCUCGCCACCCAUGUCUCCCGCCAACUCCAGGAAACACCGGGCUGGAGUUGACAUCCACUCCUGUUCUCAGUUCUUGCUUGAACUGUACAGUCGCUGGAUCCUGCCGUCCAGUUCAGCCCGAAGGACUCCCGUCAUCCUGAUCAGCGAAGUGGUUCGAUCUCUUCUCGUGGUCUCAGACUUGUUCACCGAACGCAGCCAGUUUGAGAUGAUGUACCUGACGCUGACCGAGCUGCGGAGGGUGCACCCUUCCGAAGACGAGAUUCUGCUCCAGUAUCUGGUGCCUGCCACCUGUAAGGCCGCCGCCGUCCUUGGGAUGGACAAGGCCGUGGCAGAACCAGUCAGCCGACUGCUGGAGUGUACACUCAGGAGCAGCCACCUGCCCAGCAAGAUCGGGGCCCUGCACGGCGUCCUCUAUGUGCUGGAGUGUGACCUCCUGGACGACACUGCAAAGCAGCUCAUCCCGGUUGUCAGCGACUAUCUCCUGUCCAACCUCAAGGGCAUAGCCCACUGCGUGAACGUUCAUAGCCAGCAGCACGUGCUGCUGAUGUGUGCCACCGCCUUCUACCUGAUUGAGAACUACCCUCUGGACGUGGGUCCCGAGUUCUCUGCAUCGGUGAUACAGAUGUGCGGGGUGAUGCUGUCUGGCAGUGAGGAGUCCACUCCGUCCAUCAUUUACCACUGCGUCCUGAGGGGCCUAGAGCGCCUCCUGCUCUCUGAGCAGCUCUCCCGGCUAGACACAGAGUCCCUGGUCAAGCUGAGCGUGGACAGAGUGAAUGUGCACAGCCCACACCGGGCCAUGGCGGCCCUGGGCCUGAUGCUCACCUGCAUGUACACAGGAAAGGAGAAAGUCAGCCCGGGCAGAACUUCUGACCCCAGCCCGGCUGCUCCUGACAGCGAGUCCGUGAUCGUGGCCAUGGAGCGGGUGUCUGUUCUUUUCGACAGGAUCAGGAAGGGGUUUCCCUGUGAGGCCAGAGUGGUGGCACGGAUCCUGCCUCAGUUUUUAGAUGACUUCUUCCCGCCGCAAGACGUCAUGAACAAAGUCAUUGGAGAAUUUCUAUCUAACCAGCAGCCCUACCCGCAGUUCAUGGCCACCGUGGUGUAUAAGGUUUUCCAGACUUUGCACAGCACGGGGCAGUCGUCCAUGGUCCGGGACUGGGUCAUGCUGUCGCUGUCCAACUUCACGCAGCGGACCCCGGUCGCGAUGGCCGUGUGGAGCCUCUCCUGCUUCUUCGUCAGUGCGUCCACCAGCCCGUGGGUCUCGGCGAUCCUUCCCCACGUCAUCAGCAGGGUGGGCAAGAUGGAACACGUGGACGUUAACCUCUUCUGCCUGGUGGCCACGGACUUCUACCGACACCAGGCAGAGGAGGAGCUGGACCGCCGCGCCUUCCAGUCCGUGUUUGAGGUGGUGGCGGCCCCGGGAAACCCAUACCACCGACUGCUGGCUUGUUUGCAGAACGUCCACAAGGUUGCGGCGUGCUGAGCACCGCACGGGCAGCCGCGGGUGGCGCCCGUCUCUGCAGGCAGAUGCACUGUCGCUGCCGCCGUGGGGCUGCGCACGGGGCAUGUAUGCAGUAACGUGGGGGUGAGCCUGAGUCCUUCCAGGGAGCACGGACAGCUGCGAUGCUGGCCCUUCUGCUGUAACUAGUGUUACCCGCCAGUUAGCCCGCUGUUCCUCUUCCUCCUAACGUCCAGCCUGGUCCUCGUCACCAGGGUACAGCUGCUCUGUGUCUGGGACACACGCCCUCUGCUCUUGCAGGUUGGCCAUCAGCCCCCCUGCUGUCUCAGGCAGAGGUGACGCCAUCAGGCUUUGAGAGCCUGCCGCGUCCCCCAGCGCGGCCCAGGAAGCCUGGGGUUGUGGCCCUGCUCCUGGCAGCGUGUGCUGGGCAGGGCUGCUGGGAGCACACCCUGCGCCAUACUUCCCUUUGUCUGUUUUCUUCUCAGGAUUUAAAAUUGAAUUGUAUCAGUAAAGAGAUUAAUUUUAAGGUACUUGCUAUGCCGUGUAAAGUCUGUGCUGCAUGCCACAGCCUCCGUGGAUGCAGACAGCCCGUCCCUCUCCCGUGUCCAGCAGCCCCUCACCUAACACCUAACGCCUCCUUAACACGCUGAUGACAUUUCAGGCAUGCGCCACCCUUUUUUAUGCAUUCACAUCCUUUAGAAUGUAGAGAAGUGUUGAUUUCAGAUGUCUGUAUCAGGAAUUCUCUGUCCGGCCCCUUGAAGGAUUGACAAAGUGCCCACUCAGCUGUCCUGUGUCCAGGGGGCACCUCUGCCCGCAGUAACCUCUUCCUGAGGCACCAGCAGUGAGGGGCGGCCUCCCUGGCACUUAGCGGACCAGCAGCCUCUGUCCUUUCCAGAGCCACCGCCCUGACGUCCUCUGGCUCCCGUUCAGAGCUGGCUUUGAGCUGCCGUCUGCCCUGGGGCUGGCAGCGGUACAGGGGUCUGCUUCCCCCGUGGGCCCUCGUGCGUGCCUGGCCCAGCCGCCUUGAAGGUGUAACUGAGCCACAUUCUUCCGGACCUCUUGGUCCAGAGCAAAGCUCGGUGUCUUGGCAACUGUUGGAGAAAGACCCCAGCACUCCUCGGCCCCCUUUCCACUCAGCUGCUGCGCCAGGCCUCCUUUCAGCCCAGGACAGCCAGGUCUGUGCCCACUGGGCCAGUGACGGGGCAGGAAUGAGAUGGGCCGGGCAGUGACUGGCCAGCCCAUGCCCCUCCGUGUGGCUUCUCGCUCAGGCCCAAAGCAAUCAAACCAUCAGAUGCAAAUGAGGCCUGGACGGCCGGGCUGGCCUUGGUCCAGGAGCUUGGAGCUUAGGGGUGGGGCUCUGCUCACCAUGGACCACGGGGCUGUGCGUGCUCUGCCUCCUUGGUUCCCAGUGGCAGGUUGGCCGUUUUGUCAUCAGUUCAAGUGCAGUCAGGGUUUGGGGUAGUUCAUGUGGUAAGUGGAGAUAAGUUUGCAGCUGUUUCGGGAGUCUGCAAAGGAGGAGCAGCCUUUUGCUACUUGAUUAGUUACCCUCCCAUCUGUGCGUGAGAGCCUGACACCUCACCGCUGUGCACAGCCAGCGAGCUGACCUGAGCUGCCCUACUCGCUCAGGGGCCAGCUGAGGUUCAGGGUUUGCCCACUGCCCACACAUGUGUGGAGAGGCUGUGGGGCUCCUCCCUAGAGCAGCCCUUGGCUUUUCCCGCCAGCCCCCCGCAGAGACCCAGCAGAACCAGGCUUGAGGGUGGAAGUGGGUCAGAUGCCUGAGCAGGCCCUCAGGGCUCUGCUGGGUUUUAACAAGAAGGAAGAAAGUCAGCAUUGACCCUGCUCUCUUGGGGCCCCCGUUUCUCAUCCUAGCUUCUCCCCUAAAAUGCCUGUGAGCAUGUUUGUGAACACAGGGAGCUCUCAGGACGUGCUGCCCCCUCCCUGCCCCCCUGAGAUUCCAGCAGCUCUGAGAUGGUGCACCACCGGCCGCUGGUGUUCCUGGUUAGGUGUUGACACUUGUGAAGAGCACUGAAUGUAGGUUUUGGGGCCUUCCCCUUAGGGUUCCUGUCACUGGGCUUCCCUUGUUUACGACGUGAUUUAAACAAUCAGUUCUUAACAAGGGGUCUUGGAGCCCGGAUCUGGCCAAAGACAUGCCUGUGUGCUCCAGAGAUGGGUAUGCAUUUCUGGGUGGAGUUACUGUACCCCUGGAUAAGGGUGUACGUAUGUGUGUGCACAUGUCCACAAUUAUCUGUAUAUCUCAAGAUACAAAUAUGCAAGGCCUCUAGAAAUGGCCGUGAGCUCUUUGUAGAAGCUGGCUUUUCUUAGACCUGCCACAUGGAGUUGGCUGUGUGACUGGGACGUCUAAGAGUGGGGGUCAUUGCUCAUUAAAAUCCCACUGAGGACUAGGCCCCCUUGUCAACUUUGAGGAAGGGAUUAAGACUUUAUGUUCCUAAUCGUCUGGCAGGUACCAAUCAUAUCCUCAAUCCAAAUUUGUUGAAGAUAUCAUUAAUUUGAUUUUUGUCAGGGUUUUUUGGGGGGGAGGGGGUUGUUUUGUUUUCCUUCUGGUAAUAUCAGGAAAGAUUUGAAUGAAACCAGGGUACAUGUGUUUUGCAAUGCACUUAAGGGAGUCCUCUCCAGCCACGUGCCCCGCCCGCUGCUGGCCCCGCCUGCUGCUGGCCCCACCCAGUGUGUGCAGGGGGCCCUCCCAGUCGCCAAGUGCCCUUUACUACUGUUUUCUCUCACUUUUGUUAGCAGCUAUGUCCUGUCAGGAGGAAAGGAUGACACUGACACACUCCAGACCCAGAAUGUAGCAUAGAGAAGGCCCCGCCCUAAGGACCCCCACCACACUCAGGCACGCCUUGCUGCCAUGGGCAGCUUCUCCUGGAGCUGAGAUGAGCCAUGCUGUCGGUUCCGAGGGUCAGGCCCUGAACGGCAAUGACUGCCGGCUGCCUCGCAGGCCCCGCUGCCCUCAGUUGCCAGGGCUGCGUGGGCUUGGCGCUCUGAUUUGGGGGGACUGGAACUAGCUUCUUGACCCGUGAGCAUCCUUCCUAGCAUGUGCCGUCGCGCUCCAGCCCUCCCUCUGGCAUGAGUGCCCGAAACCGUGUACCACCCUGGGUGACACUGGACUUGUUCUGUCCAGAGGGCAUGGGUGGGACCCGGAGAACAGCUGUGACAGUCUCCGGCUGGGAAGCUGGGGCUGGGUCGUUGGAGAGGAGGACCUCCCACACUGCCCGGCUGUGGCCACACACGUGCUCGGCAGGGAGGGGCCACUCAGAGGGCAGUGACAACUGAAGGUGUCCCGGAAGGUUCAGGGGCCACGCUCCCCUGUGCGCCUGUCACUAAUGCAGUUGAAGGAACCCCCACCCCCUGAGUGCUGCUGUGAGCGUCUGGCUCUGGAUAACCACUGCCACCCCCCUUCACACCAGGGGGCGCCCCGCACCUCAGGGACCUGCCGCAAGUGAUUUGGCUCUGAGCUAAGCAGGGCUGCGGCAGAGUGGCUGUCAGCGGGGUUCGAGCUCACGCUGCACCACCACCGGGUCCCCACCGAGCUGCGAGCCAGCAGGGCUGUGAUGGGUGCGUCCCGGAGCCUAGGCCACACCUGACUGUCCGCUUGUGAACAGGGGAGAGAGAGGACUGACGUGAGAUGUAUGUUUACGGUUUUGAAACGGAUGCAAACUUUGUACAUCUGAAUUAAAGGAAAGGAAUUAAACGGUGAACUGCU